ACAGACUUUAAAACAGAAACAUCGCUAGACUUAUUAAAAUUCAGUAAAACUUAAGAAAAAUAUGGCUGCCCCCUAUGUGUGUGUUACCGAUUUCGAGGAAAGGGCUCAUCAAAUUAUAGAAAAAAAGGCUUUGGAUUAUUAUCGUAGCGGAGCGGGAGAACAGUUUAGUUUGAAUUUAAAUAGAGAAGCUUUUAGAAGAUUACGUAUACGUCCCCGUUGUUUGCGAGAUGUUUCCCAAGUGGAUACUACGUGUCGACUAUUAGGUUGUGAUCUAAAGUGGCCGGUGGGUAUUGCUCCAACAGCCAUGCAAAAAAUGGCUCACCCAGAUGGUGAGGGUGGUAAUGCUAAAGCGGCUGGUGAAAUGGGUUCCAUAUUCAUUUUAAGUACUUUAGCUACCAUGUCCAUAGAAGAAGUGGCUCAAGCUGCUCCAUUUACCAAUAAAUGGUUUCAAUUAUAUGUGUAUAAAGAUCGUUCCCUGACGGAAAAACUAGUGCGACGUGUAGAGAAAUGUAAUUACAAAGCCAUAGUACUCACUAUAGAUGCCCCUAUCUUUGGCCAAAGAUGGUCUGAUGUACGCAACAACUUUAGUUUACCAUCUCAUCUACGUUUGGCCAAUUUCGAGGCACAAUCUUCACAAUCGGAUGGUGUACACAGUGAAGUGGGUACAUCGGGCAUUAAUGAAUAUGUAGCCAGUCAAUUUGAUGCUACCCUCACCUGGAAAGAUGUUAAAUGGUUGGUGAACCUUACAUAUCUUCCAGUAAUUGUUAAAGGCAUUUUAACGGCUGAAGAUGCAAUUUUAGCGCGAGAAUUUGGCUGUGCCGGUGUUAUUGUUUCUAAUCAUGGUGCCCGUCAAUUGGAUAGUGUACCAGCAGCUAUAGAAGCUUUACCGGAAGUGGUUAAAGCUGUGGGUGAUGAUAUGGUUGUAAUGUUAGAUGGUGGUGUACGUCAUGGAAAUGAUGUUUUUAAAGCUUUGGCUAUGGGUGCAAAAAUGGUAUUUCUGGGACGUCCUGCCGUUUGGGGUCUGGGCUGUGGCGGUGAAGCUGGCGUUAAAAAUAUGUUGGAAGUGUUAAAAAAGGAUUUUGAUAUCACAAUGGCCUUGGCAGGUUGUCAGAAAUUAAGCGAUAUUAAGGGAAAUAUGGUGGUGCAUGAAUCUGUUUAUGCUAAAUUGUAAAUUAGUUUUUGAAAU